AUGUCAAUGAGACAAAAGUCGGAGAUUUUGUACCAGGUCAGUGCAGGGAUGCGAUUUCUGGAACUAAAUGGCCUGUGCCAUCGCCACCUGCGGGCAUCGAACAUCGUCGUUCACCAGUCUACCAACCACAUUUACGCUGUCAAAAUCACUGACUACCUGGUCCCGUACCAUUUCCUGGAUGAGGACACCGUGGAGAUGAUCAAUAUGUGCGAUUUGGACUGGCCAUGGUGGGCGCCGGAGUGCUUGCAGAGCCAUCUCUUCGACAUUGUCACAGAUAUCUGGGCAUUUGGAUGUGUCAUUUUCGAGCCCUUCGAAGUCCAUUUGCCAGUAGAAAAGAACAGAUGGUCUCGACCAACGUUUGACCAUCUGUUCAACUUCUUCCGAGCACUGCUUUUCGACUUCGCUGUGGGACCCGAUGCGGCCAUUCAGAAAUACAUCAAGAAAUCGCCGAAAAAGUUUAAUCAUGCGCAGCGCGCAAAGCAAUGA